CAAGUCUUCAUUCUUCUAGACCCCAAAAUACAAAGAGAGAAAGAGAGGGUCUCGGUCUCGCCGGCCACCUUGUAGAGAGGGAAAGCAAGAAAAGAAAGAAAACAAUUUGCUCUUCUUUCUUUUUCCUAAUCUCUCUCUCUAGAAAAGUCAAUUCAAUCCUCCCCUCUUCUUCUUCCCUAAAACCCAUUUCUUUUAUCGAACACAAAACCAACCCCAUAACCCAACUUUCUCAAACUCUCCGUCGCUCCCCGAUCACAAUCCCCAAAACCCAUCAAUUUUGAUCUUCUGGGUUUCUUUGAUUUUCGGUAAAGGUUGAAUCUUUGGGCGCUAGGGUUUGUUUCUGAUGAGUUCCAAUACGGCGCCGUCUAGCUCAGCAGCCGCUGGAUCUGCCGAUUCAGCUGCUACCCGGAGGUCCAAGCGCCCCAAAUAUUCAAGAUUUACUCAGCAGGAACUUCCAGCAUGCAAGCCAAUUCUCACGCCAAAAUGGGUAAUUUCAGCAUUCAUGCUUGUUGCAAUCGUCUUCAUUCCCAUCGGAGUUGCUACCCUAUUUGCCUCCCGAGAUGUUGUUGAAAUUGUUGAUCGUUAUGAAACCGAUUGUAUACCAGCGUCAUCUAGAAGUGAUAAGGUCAAAUACAUCCAGACCGAGGGAGAUAAAUCAUGCAACAGAACUCUGACGGUACCAAAACACAUGAAGCAGCCUAUAUAUGUAUAUUAUCAGCUUGAUAAUUUCUAUCAGAAUCAUCGCAGGUAUGUUAAGAGCCGAAGUGAUAAACAGUUGAAAGAUCCAAAGUCUGAAAGUGUAGUGGAUGAUUGUAAGCCUGAAGACAAAAAUGGUGUACCCAUUGUACCAUGUGGGCUCAUAGCUUGGAGUUUGUUCAAUGACACCUAUACUUUUUCCCGCAACCAAAGCGAGCCAUUAUCGGUGAAUAAGAAGGGCAUUGCAUGGAAGAGUGACAGGGAGCACAAAUUUGGCAAAAAUGUCUUUCCUAAGAACUUUCAGAAUUCAACUCUUAAAGGAGGUGCAACUCUCAAUGCAUCCAUUCCAUUGAGUGAGCAGGAGGACCUUAUUGUUUGGAUGAGAACUGCUGCGUUGCCAACAUUCAGAAAAUUAUAUGGGAAGAUAGAGGUGGAUCUUCAGCAAAAUGAUGUCAUACAUGUGUCAUUGGAGAACAAUUACAACACAUACAGUUUCAAUGGAAAAAAGAAGCUUGUACUUUCGACCACUAGUUGGAUUGGUGGCAGGAAUGACUUCCUUGGCAUUGCUUAUCUCACUGUCGGCGGGUUGUGCUUCUUUCUGGCCAUGGCUUUCACAAUUGUAUAUCUUGUUAAACCAAGGCAACUUGGAGAUCCUUCGUAUUUGUCGUGGAACAGAAAUCCAGGAGGGCACUAAGCAUGUUUAACUGCUCAUAUCAACAGCUUGCCAGAGCGUUUCCUGAAGGCCUACUUAAUUAUGUGUAUAUUAAUGUUAUCAUCAACAUGGGCAGUACAUAUGAUUUCUACAAGCAUUUUGGUCAUUUGGAGUUUCUUUGUUUUCCCCAGACUGUUGAAAGCGUGACAUUAUGAACUUCCUGUAUAAUUUCAGAAAUAGUAUUGGUUACAAAAAAAGUUUCAUCUUGACUGACAUUUGAUCUUCAUCCUGUGUAAAAUCGACUGGCAUUAGAUAUUCUUUUAUUAUUUUUAAAGCACCCUCAGGAGAAUGUUGGAAAGGUAUUUGCCUUCAGGGUAGGAUGGGUCAAUUGUAUGAUCACAUGCUGCUCCAGCAUCCCUUAGAACGGUUAUUUUUCUUCCUGCUGCUGAUGCUGCACCCUGAUAAAAAAGACAAAAGUAACAACAAAUUUCAUCGAUUGUACAGCAGCAGAUCAUUUGCCAUAAGUAACCAAAUUUCAUUCUGGAGUUUGGACAUAAUUGAUCUACAUCCUGUUAUCACAUUCUGGUAUAACAAAAUCCAUAAUCUUCC